AUGGGCCAAGAGGGAAGAAGAGUUGGAGGCGGUCGCUUCUUGCUUUCCAAGAUGCUGGGAAGCGGGUCCUUCGGCCAGAUCUACAUCGCCAAAGACUCAGAACAGGGCGAUCGCGAUGUGGCCCUCAAGCUUGAGGUCAAGGACACGAAGCACCCGCAGUUGAUCUACGAGGCCAAGCUGCUCAAGCUGCUUCAGGGAUCGCCUGGUGUUGCAGAGAUUUUCUAUUUCGGCUUUGAAGAAGACUUCGCAGUCAUGGCCAUGGAGUUGAUGGGGCCCUCGCUGGAAGAUGUCUUCAACCUUUGCAAGCGCAAGCUAUCUCUCAAGUCCACGCUGAUGUUAGCUGACCAGCUGCUUCUUCGGAUCGAGCACUUUCACAACCGGCACUAUAUACACCGCGAUAUAAAACCCGACAAUUUCCUGAUUGGCCGGGGGCAGAAGUCAAACCUUGUGUACAUAAUCGACUUCGGACUGGCCAAGAAAUACAGAAACCCGGAGACUCUCGUCCACGGGCCAUACCGUGAAAACAAGAACUUGACGGGCACUGCCCGUUAUGCUUCACUGAAUGCGCACCUGGGCAUCGAGCAGAGUCGCCGCGAUGAUUUGGAAGCCAUCGGCUUUGUUCUGGUCUACUUUCUCAAGGGCUCGCUGCCCUGGCAAGGCAUCAAGGCUGAGGGCAAGCACGACAAGUAUGCUGCCAUCAUGGAGAUGAAGAUCAAAAUGACCUUCGCGGAGCUAUGCCAAGGCCUGCCAGAGGAGUUCGCAACAUUCCUGAGCUAUGCCCGGCAUCUGGCUUUCGAUGAAGAUCCUGAUUACCGAUAUAUGCGCUGGCUCUUCAAGAGCUUGUACCAUCGCGAGGGCUUUCGGAAUGACGGCUGCUUCGACUGGAACGUUGUGAGGGCCCGACCAGCCUCAGAGGUGGCGGAGCGUCGUGAGGCAAGACUUCGGAAAAUGAGCACGAGCGUGGUGGCGAGCCAGCCUUCGGACCGUGCAGCGGAUGACGUCGUCCUGUCUUUCCGUUCGAGCAACUAG